AUGAGAUGUGCUCCUACAGAGCCUUUGAGGGUUAAUGUUCUGUUCCAACACAUCCAAAAGAUGUUGUCAAGUCAAACAGCUGUGAUUGCUGAGACAGGGGACUCAUGGUUUAACUGCCAGAAACUGAAAUUGCCACUAGGUUGCAGGUAUGAAUUCCAAAUGCAAUAUGGAUCAAUUGGUUGGUCAGUUGGAGCAACUCUUGGGUAUGCUCAGGCUGCACCUACAAAGCGAGUGAUUUCUUUCAUUGGUGAUGGGAGUUUCCAGGUGCCUUAA